AUGUCAAGUGGCCAAAAUCGGCCAUUUUCUUUCACCAUGCCUAAGAUUCAAAAGCCAGAAGAUCUGCUUGAUAACUCUGAAAUAGAAGAUUUCGUACCGUCCGACGAAGAUGUCGGUGACUCCGAGUUUCAAUUCCCUACUGCAAGUUCGACUGAAUGUGAUAAUAAUGUCACCGAAAGUAGUAGUUCAGAAGCUGAAAGUAAUAUUUCAAGUGAAGAACGUUUAGUACGUGGAAGAGGCCAUGCAACCAGGCGAGUAAGGGGACGCAGAAUAGGAGUUGGAAGAGGACUUAGAACAGGGGUCGGAAGAGGACGCGGAACAGGGAUCGGAAGAGGACGUGGGAUAGGACGUGGUACAAGAAAUAGAGAAAAUAGGCGUAGUCACAGACUUGGAACAAGAAGAGGUCAGGAAAAUGAGGAUGAAGAAAGCAGUGUUAAUAAUGAAGACUGUCCUAAUAGCGGAACAUGGAGUGUGAAAAAGUUUGACCCUCGUUUCCCCCAAAUGAUUCAGCCUGCUUAUCUGGUUAAAGACACGGAAGGGUUUACCAAAACUGAUUACUUGAAGCAAUACAUAGAUGAUGAGCUCAUUGAUCUCAUACAGAGAAAGUCUAAUCAGACUGCCAUCGAGAAAUCAGGACCUUUGGUUCCUUUAAAAAAAAUUCAGCAACUACGAGCUUUCAAAAUGGAGCUGGGCGAAUAUUUCAUUGAGGCCUACUGUGAUACUAACACAGAAGCUACUGACUCAGAAGAGGAUAACCGACCUCUAGUAAGACGCACAGGAAACAAAUCAGUUCCUGUACCCAAUGAUAAGUUUCGAACAACUGGAGAUAAACAUUUACCCUAUAUGGCGGAAAAGGUGGGUCCAAAACUAAACAUUACUCAGAAUACUGUUAUUUUCCUUAGAUGUUUAUGUGAAAAGGUGCCUGAUGUUUACGGCACCUGA